AUGGUCGUCGCCGCUCCUUUCAUCUCGGCCUUGCUGGCGCUGGCGCCCCUGGUCGCGGAGGCCGUCGCAUUGCCGGCGAUCAAGAACUCGCUCGAGCAGCGUGAUACGAAUGAUGGCUAUCCAGGUCAGUCUCGACAAUUACCAUGACCUCGAUAGGCAUUGAAUGGACCAUCGACCUGCUUGCCAUCUGAUUCAUGGUCUUCGUAUGCGAGUACGAGGAGCUGACUGGUUCGACUCUCUUUCUUGCUAUGGCGCUUUGGGCCUCACGUUCUCUGCCCUUUCCGGAUCCAAUCCGAUCGCGCUAAACCCGCGCGCGCGGUCGCACUCAACUCGACUCGACUCCCGACUCUCGAAUUGUCCAGUCCUGCGUGAUCUGCGCAAACGUGCAAUCACGUGCGACGCCGACAGUGAUUGCGACGGAUUGACUAUUCCGGCCAACGCCUUUGCGGUGUGCCUCAGCUCGAUUUGCUCGUAUCGUAAGUCCAGUGCGCGUCUGCAUCAUUGUCGCCGGGUCGGAUGCCCGGUCGGAGUGCGCGAGCGCGAGCGCGCGCCGAUCAAUGCGGCGCCCCGCUUGCCUCGUCCUGACUCGUCGCGGGUCGAGCGUCGCGAUGUCGCACGUGUGCAUGCGGUUGUCUUUAUGAAGUGGCGACCCGUUGCCCUGGGCGCAAUUUGCUCGACACCAUUCUCGAAUUUUGUCUCAAGGUGAUUUACAUCUUGGCUGACACCUCUUAAAUAACCUUCAUCUUGGCAGGCUGCAACGAAGGGUACGCGUUCAACUUUUGGCCGUCGCCUUCGUGUGUCGCCGAUGGCAAUAGCCUCGCGUCGGCACGCAUUCUCGCCGCGGUAGUCCACUCGUCGUCCUCGACCGCAGCUGCAGUCAAGACAGCAGCAGCGGUGUCGGCUCAGGCCGAUGCUGCCACGACUGCCGCAGUGGCUAAGACCAGUGCUGCGGCCGCUGUGGCCGCUGCAACGACGACGGUGGCGGCCACGACUCCGUCUCGAGCAGCCUCAGCCUCGGCGAGCGCCGCCUCAGGAUCGGCUGCCGCGGCUACUACAGCAGCGGCUAGUCGCACUGCUGCCGCCACUACAGCAGCGACAAGUCGUGCUGCUGCCUCGAACGCGGCCCAAGUCGUGACUUCAAUCGUCACCGUUACAGCAGAGCCCGUCACGAUCACCGUGAUGGCCACCCCGACAGCGGUUUCGGCAGCGGCCGUCAAGACCGUGACCGUGACCGUCAGCGUCAACACGGGCUCGGGUUCGAGUUCGUCGAACGACUCGUACGUCUACUCCUCCGGAGGCAACGUCGCCACCAACGUCGGCACGUCGCAACCGCUCAAUUACACGAUACCGCUCUCGCUCCGUGCCAACACGAGCAUCAUCGCCGCCAAUAUCGCCCAGAACAACAUUACCGGCUUUGGAGCGCAGAAUCUGAGCAACAACACGGGCGCGAUCGCUUCUUGGUUCCGCACCAACAACUCAGCCGACUCGACGAACGGUCAUUCUUGGUGCUACAACCCUUACAACGACUCGCUGCCCGGUUUCGCACCGUCUUACAAGACCAUGGUUUCCAACUAUGGCGGCGAUCCCAUCAAGGCCGGAGAAGCUUGUAAGUUUGCGCAGUCGAGGUCUUUCUCCUCACCUUGUCCUUGCUGGCUGCCAACUGACACCCCUUCGUGCACCUCCACCCCCACUCGCACAGACUGCGGACUCGAGGCCAUCUUCUAUACCCCCGACGGUCGCAAUACGACCCUCUAUGUGAUUGACGCUUUCGACGACAAGUGGGUCAAGACCCCUAACUCGGUCGACGUCGUCAUUGGUGCUUUCCCCGAGCUGUUUGGCACGACCCCGGCUUCGAAGAACGACGUCGUCAUGAACGUCAAGUGGCACUUUACCGGAAACCGCUCGACGGAUUACAUCUUCAACAACGGCAAAAACGCUGCCACCGCCUCUUCGUCGUCUGCCUCGACGAGCUCGAGCUCAGCGACCACCACGGACAACGCCGCCGAUGUUGCGGCGGCAACGUCCACGACCAAGGGCAACUUCACCGCUGCCUACAACGGCACGGCGACCUACUUUGAGCAAAAGGGCAUCGCCGGCAACUGCGGCCAGGUCAACUUGGACUCGUCGCCUCUCGUCGCCUUGACCACGAAGAUGUACGGCGCGGGCCAGAACUGCGGUCGAGAGGUGCGCAUCUGCGCCACGGACACCUCCAAGUGCGUCGACGCUGUCGUGGCCGACAGCUGCCCGACCUGCCUCGACGCGCAAGACCUCGACCUGUCCGUGGCGGCCUUCAAGGCGCUGGGGCAUUCCCUGUCCGACGGCGUCAUCAGCAUGGUAUGGAAUUACAUUUCGUAA